UAGUCAAGCAAAGCAGGUAAGCACUUCUCCGCAAGACAAAAACGAAAAGAAAUGGUAGGUAGGUAAAUGUUAUUCAAUGAGUAGUGAGCAGCCUACUUUCUUCCAUCGGGGCUCACCAUGCAGAUAAAGAACCUGGUCCUGGCAACAAGAGGAAAGCACCUGCCACUGGAUGCAGACUACCGAGGAGACUGAGCGCUGCUAUUUAUAAGCAGGAAGGUUUGCCGAGUGAUUAGCUGAGAAAGCAGCUGUUGCUGGCAUAUGCCAGUAUUUGUUUGACUUCAUGAAAUAGAGAACAGGGAGCUCAAUGAAGCAGUUUUCUCUGAAUCAAAUAAGGAUGAUACAAAUAGGUGAAUUUCCCAACAAGUAUGCUAUACCCAGGCAGCUCUGCUGAAAGGAAGCUACUGAGAUGACUGGACUUUCCCCUAUAAAACAGAAUCAUUUUCAGAGAGUAAUGCAUGAGUAGUGGGAGUUUGCUACUCACAGGUUGUCAUGCAAAUUCAAAAUGUAAGUACAAGCAGAGAGAAUCAAUCCAUGAAUCAAACAUCUGCACAAGGGACCCUAACAAAGAGGAAGGCUUUGGAUAAGCCUCUCAGUUUCUGCUCUGGGUACAGGAAGCCCCAUCUGCCCCCCAGAACCCCUAGGUGGAGCCCAGUAGACUGUAGCUUUGAAUGGGUACUCCUUACCACCUGGUGUUUGCAGGCAGACCUGUAGAUAGACCUAGAACAAGGGUGGUUGUGACUUGCUAAAACACGGUCAAAAUCCUCAGCAGAAAGCAGCCUGCUAACUGGUGCUCAGACUGAGUUCCCUUCCUCAUGGUGAUGAGGAACCGCUCGGUGGUGACUGAGUUCAUCCUGCUGGGCAUCCCCCACACCGAGGACCUGCAGGCCCUGCUCUUCACCCUCUUCUUGUCCUUCUACAUCUUCACGCUCAUGGGGAACUUGCUCAUCCUGCUGGCCAUCGUGACCUCUGCCAGGCUCCACACGCCCAUGUACUUCUUCCUGUGUAAGCUGUCAGUCUUUGACAUCUUCUUCCCCUCGGUGAGCUCCCCCAAGAUGCUCCUCUACCUGUCGGGCCACAGCCGCGCCAUCUCCUACGCAGGAUGCGUGUGCCAGCUCUUCUUCUACCACUUCCUGGGCUGCACCGAGUGCUUCCUGUACACCGUCAUGGCCUACGACCGCUUCGUGGCCAUCUGCUACCCGCUGCGCUACUCCAGCAUCAUGAGCGCCCGCGCCUGCGCCCUCCUGGCCGCCGGCACUUCCCUAUUCGGCUGUGUCCAGGCCAUCUUCCUGACCGCCCUCACCUUCCAGCUGCCCUACUGCGGCCCCAACGAGGUGGACUACUACUUCUGCGACAUCCCCGUCAUGCUGAAGCUGGCCUGUGCAGACACGUCGGCCCUGGAGAUGGUGGGCUUCAUCGCCGUGGGCCUCAUGCCCUUCAGCUGCUUCCUGCUCAUCCUCACCUCCUACAGCCGCAUCGUCUACUCCAUCCUGCAGAUCCGUUCAGCCGAGGGCCGACGCCGGGCCUUCUCCACCUGCAGUGCCCACCUCACUGCCAUCCUGCUCUUCUAUAUGCCCGUGGUCCUCAUCUACCUGCAACCCACACCCAACCCCUGGCUUAAUGCAACUGUCCAGGUCCUGAACAACCUGGUGACACCCAUGCUGAACCCCCUCAUCUACAGUCUCAGGAACAAGGAGGUGAAGUCCUCCCUGAGGAGGGUUCUCUACCCACGGGGCUUCCUCCCUGGGCAGCUCUAGGGGAGAGAGAGGCAAUGAGCAGCUUUGCAAGCAUUCCACAUGGCCCUCAGACCUCUUUAAUGGAAGCAUGCAGAUAGUGCACUGAUGGUCUCCAUUUUGUAUGUGAGGGCUAAGAUUUGAAGAGUGAAUAUGAGUUGCUGAAGAUCCUGCCUGAGGUUUACUGCUCUGCCAGAGCUUAUAGAUGUGGUUUCCAGAUGGCUGUACCCAAGGUUGAUGUCCAGGAGGGAGCAGACGGCAGGGCACUGCAUACCCUCUGCUGGGAUUGACACCUGGAAGCCAGCCCUGGCUGGCAGAGUCCAGGGGCUGAGUGUGUGCUGUGGUUCUGGAUUUAUCUUUGUGUUACUGCUCAUGAAGGGUGGCUGGGCAGUGCUACAUCCCAACUGCCACUGAUUGGUGCCUUUGGCUUCUUUGUUUAGUGAACAAGCACUCCGUAUUUCUGUGUCUUUCUAAGUUAUUAUUUUGGCUAAAAAUAUACUAAGAAUGAAAUAUACUAAGAAUGAAAAAUAUGCUACUUCAGUACAAUGAGCUAUUUUUCUCAUAAGGAAACCACUGAACGGCCUGCCAAGCUGGGGGACUAUAACUGAGAAAAGUGCUCCAGCCACAUAGAGGGAAGCCUUCUAAGAGGGGAGCCAGUGGAUUUGUUUUCCUUCUGUCUGUACUUCUCAGAAUCAGAGAGCUGUCUAGGAACUCCCUACCUCCCAGGGACAUCCUGUCCCUUCCUCCAGCCAAUGAGGUGAAUCAGCUUGGAGUCAAACACUUGCCUAGUCCCUCCCCUUAAGCACCUUAGCUCUUUCUCCCUGGUUUCUCAGUAAGCAAGAGUCCAAAGGAGAAGGUUCAAAAGCACCUCAAUUUAUUUUGGAUACCCUGUGAUGUCAAACUCUGUUCACCUUCAAGCCUAUCAGAGUUCUUGGAGAUUUCUUCACUAGUUGGCUAAUCAGAAGACUUUGUAAGAAUAAAA